AUGAUUAAUGAAUUCCAGGGCACUCACAAGCGCGUCUUCAAGGUGGACCCUACUCGUGCCGAUGGCCUCGAGGUGACGGCGGAUAUUAGUGCGCACGAGGUCUAUGCCUCCUAUAAUAGCCCAAAGCUAAGCAAAAGUAACACUGGGCCGACACGUUUCCGUUGGCGCAAAUGGGUGGAGCACGUCAUGCUCCCGGCGGGGUUCCCCAACAGUACGACGCCGGACCUCGUUGAGGUCGCCAAAUGGGAUGCGCUGCAGACGGUUUGCAGUAGUAUCGUAUCAACGUUGGCCAUCCGCGCGGUGCUCAUAGGGGUUGGGGUUGGGGCCUCCACUGCAAGCGCUAUCGGGUCUACCGCUUCGUGGAUGCUGCGGGAUGGAGUGUUGAUGAUCUCUAGCAUUAUUUUCUCGACGCGUGUGAGCUCCAACUUGGAUUGCCGCGCCAAAACGUGGCGGCUCAUCGCGGAUAUCAGUAAUGAUAUCGCAUUGCUUAUCGAGUUGUUCUCAGCGUGGUUCAGCCGUCCUAUCUUUCUUUUGCUCGUGGCCACAGCGUCGGUACUGAAGGCCCUUGUGUCUGUGGCGGGGGAAGGCACGCGUCAGGCAUUGCUGCAGCACUUUGCGAAGAAAGGGAACUCCGCGGAUGUUGAUGCCAAGGCCCGAAAUCGCAGCAACAUCUCAGCCCUUCUGGGGCUUCUGCUCGGCAAUAUUGUAUCCUAUAUGACCCCUCCGUCGUCGUGGAGUACCACCCUCAAGGUGUUUAUUACGUUUACCAUUGUUCAUUUGUUGGCAAAUUAUAUGUCGGUUCGCUCCAUGAUUCUAACGCACCUAAACGCCCCGCUACUGGAGUGGUGCCUCGCUCGCUUUUACGAGCAUGAGAUGGAGCUUGAGCGGAUGGUGAAGAAAACUGACACCAAACUCCCAAGCGUUCUCAAUCCUAUCAAUAAUGAAGGAGAGAAGUUAUCUCCAAGUCACUUGAAUAUUUCUCCUGAGUUGGCUAAUAAGGAGGAAAACUUGUUUAUAUUACCACAAACCGACGUGCUUUCUAAGACUCUCGGAUCCAAUUCCCCAUGUACUUUCAGACGGUUCUUGUGCGGGCGUCUUCAUUUCCUUUCGGUGAGGAUCUAUUUUGGAGCUUCCUUUUACAAAAUCUUACACAAUAAUGCUAACCUCUCUGUGUCUGCUAAGCAUGAGAUUGUUCAAAAGGUGAGCGAAAGCCUGUCAGUGUGUGGUGUGGCACUAUUAUUUGAUGAAUCUCGGCAGACAUAUUACGUCUUGCUUCCGGAGAUCUUCACUAUGAAUGGACAGCCGACGAGUUGGGUAUCGGUUGCUAAGCAGUUCUCCCUUUCUUUGACUUCAGACAAGGAGUCUGAGUCGUUAUCGAUUUCUAACCGUGAUAAUGGCAUCCAAAGCGCACCGAAUCUUUACAAAAACGAGGCUCUGCCGGAGGUUGUUUUCGAGACGAUACCCCGACGCUUUCUUUGGGCAUACUUCUACGCGUACAGCCACACUCGCGCGAUGACUUUGCAUCGUCAGGGCGGCGGCGAGACGUCCUCUGAGGGCGAUGAGGAACCUAAGCGCGAUGAAAAGGGUGUGGCGUGUGAGUCUGCUAUCCUGGGGCGUCAGGACGACUCCACGUUGCACGUUAUACAAUCUCUUCGUGCUGAUGGAGUGUUGGAUUUGCGCCGACAGUGCUGUCGACUACCCUCAGAAGUCCAGCGGAGCGCGGAUGAUAAAGAAGCAACGCCAGACCAAGAAUCGGAUGACGACCAGUUGUAUCCAUUGUAUCUUCGCUUUAUAUCAGAACUGCAACGAAACGGAUGGAAUAUUGAUCGUUUAUUGGUUCCUCAACAAAGUCAUACCAUUGCUAUUCAUUACUUGUAG